GCUACUCAGCAACACAUAACCCAACUUCUCGUGCAAUGUAAAAUUCGCAACCCAACAUUUCCGAGUAAUGAGUGUCUUUCACGACGAAAUCGAAAUCGAGGACUUCGAGUACGACGAAGACGACGAAAUCUACUACUACCCAUGUCCUUGCGGCGAUAGAUUCCAAAUUUCGAAAGAAGAACUGCUAACCGGAGAAGAAGUAGCCACGUGCCCUAGUUGCUCCCUCAUAGUUAAAGUCAUCUACGACCAGGAGGCAUUCCAGGAGGAGCAAAAUGAAGUAACGAAACUCUCAGAAGACUUGAAGAAGCUCGAAGUAACUAAAUAA